GCACGCUAUUUUGCCGACCCCUCUGUAUCAAUCGUACUGCACAAGUCCAGAUCGAACUGAAAAAAAAUCUCCCCGGCUCACCUCUCCUUCUCAUCGGACAUUCCGGCUCUAACCUCCACCAACUCACCAAGCUGGGACGCCAAGUCGCCGGUCGCCUCUUUUAUCCUCAAAACAUGAGGAUAACCUUGCUUGCUGACUGCUCCUUGCUGAUAAACAAAACUCAAGCAAAAGGCACUAAUAACGGAAGUAUGUCAUAGCAAAGAAAUUGCAGAGUUACUUAAGGUAACAAUUUCUUCUGUUGCCUCAUUUUGAUGCAACUAAUUGAGCUUACUGGUAGCAAGAGUCAAAUGGGUGCAUGGGAAUGCUUGAAGUUUUAUACUAGUAAAGUUGGGUACUCAAUGUCCUCUAUUUCACCAUACAGAGUAUAUCUGGGGUUAGGGCUGCAAACAAAAUAUGAGAUCUGUAAAACACUUCAUCAUGAAGCUAAAUCAAUGCUGGAGGGCUUCCUUCACCGGAUAGUUAUCACAUUAAUCUACUUCUAUUCUGAAAAUGUCAAGAAAAAGAUUAGAGGUGUCAAAAAAGGGAAGCAGAAAGGACGAAAACUGCUCACUGAACAAGAUAGUGCAAUUUUUUCAUUUUAGAGCCUGAGCAGUUGAUCCAUCCAAUGCUAGUAUAAGGGAGAAAGCAAGCUUUGAUAUCACUUUCAGACAAGAAGGAUCUUUCUCUGCCUAGAAAUGGAUUACAAAAAUUAGGGUAAGUAUAUUAUCUUAUUUAACUAGUUGCCUCGCUCAUUGUCAAUAGCCUGCUAUAUAACUUUAACUUCAUUUGAAAGAGGUUAUUAAUAGCUACCACGUUGAUUAAAAAGUUUGUGCUCCUUUGUAACUCCAUUUCCUUUGCUGUCACAUUUGUGUCAUAGUGGUUGUGAUCUCAUUGCAGGCACAUAAAAGAAAAAGAAGUACAUGAAGAUUGUAAAUAGAUUGAGAAGAUCUAUGAACAAAAUGACCCAAAAUGAAGAUCUAUUUACAUGAAGAUUGUAAAUAGAUUGUAAAUAGAGUCAAGUCAGAAGAAUUGCGUAUCAAAAUGACCCAAAGGAAGAUUGAAUGUCAUGAUAUAAAGACAAACAAAAUAACCGUUGUGGGAGCAAUUAACGAAUGCUCAAAAACAUUCAAGCAGAAGAAAAACUAAAACAAAAUCUAUAAGUGGUUGAUUGGAAUCAAACAUGCGUGGAAAUUUAUGUUGCGCGAAAUCGCGAAAAUCAUAAACAAACAAGAAAUCGAAGACGUUAACUUUUUUUCAAAAAAUGCUUGUUUGGAGAGUUUCCAAAGAAUUUUCAUGAAGUUUGAGAAACAGGUACUCUUUUUGGAAAGCUUGCGUGCUACCUAGAUGUGAAUGAAGGAAUGAUUGUGCGUUUCCAAUUACCAUUGAGCCGGUUGUGAAUGUUGGUAUUCUUUUGACGUGAAACGUACUUAUCAUUUUAAAUUGUUAAGAAUUAAAUAAUCGUAGCUGCUGCGCGCGCCUCCAACAUUGCUGGGCGCACCCAAUUUGUGCAAUUCUAGACAAUUUUGUCCUUGGUCAAAGUUCACGUCACUCCUAAUGUGCGACGUAAAACAUCUUCCUUCAUUAUUGAUUUUUAAUUUUUUAAUUUUAAAUUCUCGUAGGAAUGAUAGGAUCACAGCUCACAAGAGCCAAGUCUAACAAUUUGACAUUUACCCUCCCUCCAACAAUUUGUUGCCAUGUGGCCAAUUUGCCUUUUUUUUUAUAAAAUGUUAUUACUUUUCUAAUUUUGGUGCUACUUUUAUAAAAAAUAUAUCAAAUUAAAUAAUUUUUUAUGAUCUGACAUCAAUAUCAUAUAUGACAUCAAUAUCAUAUAUGUAAAAAUUUAAAAAAAAAAAACAUUUGGUGAAGUCUGUUGAACAGCUGAUUAAUGUAUAUUUACUACGUAGUAUUUUUUAAAUCUACUCUAGUUUGAUCUGAACUCAUUUGUUGAAUUUGUCUAGAUCGAAAUCAAUUCAAUUAAAAAUAUUCUAAGUAUCAUUCGCGUCCGAAAUCUAGUUAUGUACGGAGUAACAAUGUAACAUAUAUGGUCAAAAAAUUAAUAAUGCUUAUUUAUAUUAAAACUUUGGAUUUAUAAAAAUAUAUUAAACUAGCAUUCUAAAUUAUAUAUAGGAGCCGUUAAUUUAUAAAAAGACAAUUGCAAUUUGAAGUGUACUUAUUAGUGUGACAGAGAUUUAUUUAUUGGGUGUCAUUAAUUUAUUGUUAUACUAUCAAUAAUCUUAUUGUCUAGUCUAAACUAGUCUGUCCUAUUAGAUGUUUGUUUAUGUGGG